ACGGUCAAGAUGACUUUCAUCAUCGUGCUGGCCUUCAUCGUGUGCUGGACCCCAUUCUUCUUCGUGCAGAUGUGGAGCGUCUGGGACGCCGAUGCACCCAAGGAAGCCUCAGCGUUCAUCAUUGCCAUGCUCCUGGCCAGCCUCAACAGCUGCUGCAACCCCUGGAUCUACAUGCUUUUCACCGGCCACCUCUUCCACGAACUUGUCCAGCGCUUCCUCUGCUGCUCCUCCAGCCGCCUGAAGGGUGGCCGGCCCGGAGAGACGAGCGUCAGCAAAAAGAGCAACUCAUCCACCUUCGUCCUGAGCGGGCACAGCUCCAGCCAGAGAAGCGGCUCGCAGCCGCCCACCGUGUGACUGACCGGCGGGGUCAGGACCGCCCCCAUUGGCUUGGGUUUUGCGACAGGGACAGUCUGGCCUUGGUGGCCGCGCACGUGUGUAUAUAAGGUACCUUUCAGUUUGGACCCCUCCACACCCUGGGGGAGCUGGAGUGGGGUGGGGCAUUGGGACCUGCGGUGGGGAGGCUGUCUCACGGGGGAAGAUGAUAGGGCAGCUCAGUUGUCAGACAAGCCCUGGAGCCCCCCUGGGCUCCCACGGUACUGCUGCUACCCUGACCCCACUGCUACCCCUGGCUAUUGGAUGGGCUUUUUUUUCCCCUGGACCUGUGAUUUCACCCCAGUAUCCUUUCACUCCUUUAUCCUGGGAUCACGUGAAAGGUGGUAUGUAUAGGAUUGGUGACCAAAUGGGUGCGGAAGCCUGGCAUUCUGAGCUUGGGGUAAGGGGUGGGAAUGGGAGCUCGGAUGGAGGGUGGUGCUCACAUACCCCCUGGCCUCAGAGUCCUUUAGCCUUCGAGUGGGAAGGUGCUAGCAUCCUUGAGCGCCAGCUUGCCAGAAGGUGGCCCUAGGAGCCAGGGAUUCUCUUGAGAGAACGUUCAGCACAGACAGUCAGUUAAAACUUGGGUUAAAAAUAUUUAAGACCGAGUGGUAUAUAGCUCAGUAGUAGAGUGUGUGCUUAGCAUGCACGAGGUCCUGGGUUCAACCCUCAUUACCUCCGUUACAAAAAAUAAAAGUAAAAAAAUGUUUUAAGAAUCUACUACUUAAGAAACCAUGGUGAAAGAAAAAUAAAAGUCAUCCAAAUUGGAAAAGAAGUACAUAGAAGAUUCUAAGGAAUUCAUACACAGAGAUGGUCACGCAAACCCAUUACAACUAACACGUAACUGCAGGUUGCAGAGUACUAGAUCAAGACAAAAAUCAGUUGUUUUUCUUUACACUAGCUAUGACCAGUAUGAAAAUGAAAUUAAGAAAUAAUUCCAUUUAUCAUAAUGUCAGAAAGGAUAGAAAUAAAUUUAAUGAAAGAAAUGCCAGACUUAUACUCUGAAAACUACUAAAUAUCAUUGAGAGAAAUAGAAGUCUUAAAUGGAAAGACAUCCUGGGUUCAUGGAUCAGAGACUUAAAUAUUGUUAAGGUAACAAUACUCUCCAAAUUGAUCUAUGGAUUCAGUGAAAUCCCUAUCAAAAUCCUAGCUGGCUUCUUUAUACAAAUUAGUAAGCUGAUUCUGAAAUUCAUAUGGAAAUAUGAAUAGCCACAUAAACCUUGAGAAAGAAGAACAAAGUUGGUAGAGUCACACUUCCUGGUUUCAAGGCUUACUCCAAAGUUACAGUAAUCAAGAGAGUGUGGUGUAGACCAAAGGAUAGACAUAUACACCAGAGGAAUGGAGUAGAGAGUACAGAUAUAAACCAUUACAUCUGUGGCCGAUAGACUUUUGACAGGUGUGACAAGAGAAUUCAGUAGGGAAGAUCGUCUUUUUGAUAUAUGGUGCUGGAUAUCUACAUGCAAAAGAAUGCAGUUGGACCCCUACCUCACAUGGUAUGCAAAAGAUAACUCGAAAGUGCGUCAGCCUAAAGGUAAGAGCUAAAACUAUAAACAUCUUAGAAGAAAACAGGGCUAAAUCUUUGUGACCUUGGAUUAGGCAACAGCUUCUUAGAGAUGACACCCAGAACACAAGCAAAGGAAGAUUAGAUCAACUGGACCUCAUCCAAAAGGGGUGCAAAACUUUUGUGCUUCAAAGGGCACUAUUAAGGAAGUGAAAAGAUGGGGGGGGAGUGCGUAUAGCUCUGUGGUAGAGCACAUGCUUAGCAUGCAUGAGGUCCUGGGUUCAAUCCCAGGACCUCCAUUAAAAAAAAGAAGAAGAAGAAAGUAAAAAGACAAUUCACAGAAUGAAAGAGAAUAUUUGCCAACCAUACACUUGUAUCCAGAAUAUAUCAAGAACCCUUACAAUUUAACAAUGCAAAGCCAAAUGACCCAAUUUAAAAAAUGGGCAAAAUAUUUGAAGACACACAUGACUAGAUGUAUUUUCAUAUCUUCUCCAAA